AUGAUUUUACAUCAACAUGAUAUCUUUAUAUGGAACUGUCGUGGGGCAGCGAGUAAAGAGUUCUAUAGAGUUUGCAAGAAAUAUUUGGAUUCCUUUAAACCUAAGAUGAUUGUUGUUGUGGAAACCAGAUGCGAUCCAACCAAGCUCAUGAACAGUUUUAAGAAACUUGGAUUUGAUAGUUUUCUCUCAAACUGUAAUCAAGGAUAUGCAGGAGGCAUAUGUGUGGCGUGGCUGGAUGUAGAAAUUAAAAUAACCAUGGAGAUAAUCAAAUUCCAAUUCUUACAUCUAAAGAUUCAAUAUGUUAAUGGUAAGGAAUGGUAUUUUACUCCAAUUUAUGCUAGCCCUAAUGCUGCAAAUAGGGAGAUGAUGUGGACUGAUCUGAAGAAUAUUAGUAAUUCUAUGAGCAAACCUUGGCUUCUAGCAGGGGAUUUUAAUGAUACUGCCUUUGAUCAUGAGAAGAAAGGAGGCAGGACUAUUUCAAUAAACAGAUGUAAAAAAUUCCUGAACAAUUUUGAAGAUUGUGGUUUAAUGGACUUGGGAGCUGUUGGGCCUAAAUUCACGUGGAAAGGCCCUAUCUAUAAGGGGCAGAGAAUUUAUGAAAGAUUAGAUAGAGCUUUCUGUAAUGACCUUUGGAGACUGGAAUUUACAGAAGGAUGCGCUCAAGUGCUAAUGAGGAUUGAUUUCUCUGAUCAUCACCCACUGCUAAUUCGUACUAUGGGGAGGAACACAAAGAGUAGUGAGCCUUGCUUCAGAUUUGAGAGUGCUUGGACUCUUCAUAAGGAAUAUCAGCAUAUGAUCCAAUCUAACUGGCAGAAUGAUGUGCACAUAAUUAGUAAUCUGCAAAAUAUUCGGCAAGGUUUCAAAAAGUGGAAGUUCCAUACUUUCCAACAAAUAUUAAGGCAAAAGAGUUAUAUCAUGAAGAGGUUGGAAGGUAUUCAAACAACUAUUCAAACAUCAAGAACUCACAAAGGCAUUAGAAGGCUUGAGAAGCAUCUACAAGAAAAGUUACGUGACAUUUUGAAGGAAGAAGAGCUCAUGUGGUUUCAGCGAUCUCGUGCGAAAUGGUUGGUGGACGGAGAUAGGAACACAAAAUACUAUCAUAUCAAAACUGUCCAAAGAAGAAGGAAUAAAAUAGUUACUGUUAAAGAUGCAAAUGGCAAUUGGAUUGAAGAUGAUAAACAGGUCCAGAAAUUGUUCCUUGAUCACUAUAAGGAAUUAUUUGCUUUGAAGAAUACCUAUCAAUAUUGGGAAUAA